CAGUUUAUCAUUAUCAUCAAACAAGAAUCUGCCACGUAAUUCCCUUCUGCCUUCUGAUUACUUGUUUCAGACAGUCAGCUAACGAUUUCCUUCUUUUUUACUUUCUUUUCUGUUCAAGAACCUAAACAGAAAAAAAAAGCUCUAACCUUUGCUUCUUUAUUUCACCUAAUCUUCCUCAAGUUUCUGAUUUAAUUUAACAAAGAUCAAUACCCAAUAUGGGAAAUGCCUUAAGGUUUUUAUAUGGACAUUGUUGCAAGCCAUCUACAACAGGUGACUCUGAAUCUCUGGGACCCCACGGCAUUUCUGCAGCCACUGUUGGUGUUUCAGCUUUAGCCCAAGAUUUGUUUCACUUUGAGAUCAACUCUCAGGUUCCUGAAGGACUUAGUAAACAUGUGGUCUCUUCCAAGAAGGCUCAAGCUAAUUGGUAUAGAAAGCUAUUAGAGGCAUGGAGAGAAGCAAAACCUCCGCCAAAGACACCAGAAGAAGCUUCAAGGCUUGUAAUUCAGACCCUUAAGAGACAUCAGAAGGCAGAUGUUGAGGGUUUAUUGGCUUUCUAUGGUCUUCCACUUCCUCAUACUCUCAUUCAACUUUCUAGUGGUGUCCCUACAUCAUUGCCUGAUGGGGUGAAGUUUGAGUUGCUGACAUUACCAGUUGAUCCAAGAGCUGUGCCUGAUGGAGAUACCAUAUCUGUCUAUGUUAGCACAGCUGAUCCCAGGGAGUCAUCCUGCGUUCCAAGGGAAGUUCAAAUGGCAGCUGUUCAAAGAUCUAAGGCGCGUGCUGAGAGGAAUUAUGAGAAGGCGGAUAAUCUUCAAAAGAAGAUUACUGAUGCAGGAUAUCGGGUAAUUUCAGUUCAAAAUGAGGAGAUUCUUGCUCGAAAGUAUCGGAUUAGACUAAGGGGGAUAGAUGCACCAGAGAGUAAAAUGCCCUAUGGAAAAGAGGCACAGGAAGAGCUAGUUAAGCUUGUACAAGGCAAGUGUCUAAGAAUUCUGGUCUACAAUGAAGAUCGUUAUGACAGAAGUGUUGGUGAUAUAUAUUGUAAUGGCAUAUUUGUACAGGAAGUAAUGCUAAAGAAAGGGCUUGCUUGGCAUUAUGCUGCCUAUGACCAACGCCCUGAACUGGCAUCGUGGGAGAAAGAAGCUCGAGCAAAGCGUAUUGGUUUAUGGGCUUCAACCAAUCCUGAGGAGCCAUGGGAAUGGAGAAAGGCCAGAAGGGAAGGAAGAUGAUAAUUUGCAGAUUGACUCUGCAGACAACUAGGACUUUUGUUUGCCCUGGAUCUUACUAAACAGGCAGAACUAAAACCAGGGCUAUUAUACGGUAACCUGUAUUUUGUGCUCCAGACCGAAAGCUGCUACAAGAGAAAACAAGACGGAGCUUAGAAGCUCUCCCAGCAAAUUGCCUGCCAAUGUUAUUUAUGCUUUUGAAGAUAAUGUGGACAAAAAAUCCAACUCUUUUUUAGGCUCGAAUGCUUAACUGAUUAACUUAGCAAAGAAGGGAAGCUAAAGAUGUGAUUACUGAUGCAAUUUCCAUUUGUAAAUCAGUUGUUUGUUCAAUGAAGAUGUUACCUCUAGCAAGA